UUUUUGCAGACAUUUAAAAUGGAGGAUUCUGGACUAACACUGAACUUAAAUUAUUCCGCCCCUGAGAAACUAACUGUACAGGAACACAAAAAGCAGGAGGCCGCUACUGAACCUGCUCCAAGGAAAGAACGUGUGGAUAAAAAAGACCGAGGUCCCUCAAGCCGAAAGAACCAGGAUACCUACCAGGAGGAUAAUGUUAUCUCUUCUCUCUUCAAUCAUAACCCAGAGAUUCCUCAGAUGAUACUUCAGGAUGUAGUUCCAACAAAAGAAGAUGUUUUCUCCGUCAAAUCAUUUGAUGGUCUUAACCUGGAUAAGAACAUGGUUAAAAACCUCAAGGAUCUAGGGUAGGUCUUGUUGACGGAGGA